AUGAUUAGUGUUAGCAAAAAGCUGGAUUUGGAUGAGUCUGGUAUUCCUGUUGCAGAGACCAGGUAUCGGGGAAUGAUUCGCUCACUUAUGUAUCUCACAGCAACUUGCCUAGAUAUCGUGUACAGUGUUGGUUUAUGUGCCAGGUUUCAGUCAAAUCCUAAGGAAUCACACUUGAAAGAUGUUAAAUGGAUUCUUAGGUACCUCAAGGGAACUCAGAACCUGGUUCUCCCUUGUGGAGAUUCAUUAAACCUGGUAGGGUAUGAAGAUGCAGACUAUGCUGGAAACUUAGUCGAUCAUAAAAGCACUUCUGGGAUGGCUCACUUCUUGGGUUCGUGCCUAAUAUCAUGGGCCACAAGAAAACAAAAUUUCAUCGCCUUAUCCACAGCCGAGGCUGAAUACGUUGCAGCUGCCUCUUGUUGUGCACAAUUAUUAUGGAUUAAACAAUAA